AUGAACCGCUGGAACCUCGGGCUGCCAUUUUCCAAGUGCGGCGAGCCGGCGUGCCCACAAGUCGUCAACCUGCAAAGAUGCUCGGCGUGCAAGGCGGUGGUCUACUGCAGCCGCGACCACCAAGCCGCUGACCGACCGCGGCACAAGUCGUGCUGCGUCAUGGUCAAGAAGCAGAUGGUGGCGUACGAGGCCGAGGCGUCAAAGGUGCGGGAGCGCAUCGCCCCCGGGGAGCAGGGGCAGGUGCUCGGGACGCAGGCGACCAACUUUGGCGUCAGGGCGCUCAGCGAAAUGUUCAUCGCCAUCGCGGGGUCCACGACGCAGGUGCCGCGGUCGUACCUCCAGGCGCGCUUCGACCUCAUCACGGCGCUGCUCAACAUCCGCACCGGGGAGGCCGUCGAGGCCGCGCUGGGACACGCCAUGGCCAUGCUGCACGCGGACCGGGGCGACGUCCUCAGCGUCCGGAGCACGGUGCCGACGCUGCUGCUGCGGCUGGGCCGGGACCAGGAGGCCUACGACUUUGUCAAGUGGUACGAGCGGGUGCCGCGCGACACGUACAGGUGGGGGGAUCCCGCCGAGCCGUUCCUCAACCUGACAAACGAGGACGUGACCGAGGAGUGGGACGACCUGGCGCUGAGGAGACUGGGCGUCGACAAGCUCCCCUUGCUGACCUCGCUCGUUCUGCUCAAAGUCCGCCUGGCCCUGGACCUGGCCAACCUGACCGACUUUGUGGCGAAGAGACGAGACGCGGGCCGCGAAGAAGACGACGACCUGCUCGGGGCAAAAAGGGAGUGGGUCCGGGAGAAAGCCAUGAGCGGCGUGCUGCACAGCCGCCAAGACCUGGUCGGCGCAUGCGGGAGCAGUCGAGGGGAGGCGCUGCAGGAGAGCAACAGGGCGCAGAUCAAGAAGCUGAUCGCCGCCACGACGGCCAGGAACAAGCACUACUGGCCGGCCCUGCACAACCCGACCCAGUACAGCCACGAGUCACCGACGGUCUACGCGCGGGGAUCAAGGGAAGAGGUCAUCUUGGCCUUCAGAGAGACGUGCCCUGCUGCGCUCUUGCCGGGCUGGGUAGCGUUUACCAACAGGACCAAGGUGUGA